UAGUUGGAGAGCGGAAGGAUGAAUCAACGCUGCUAUUGGUUGGCUUCAUCUGCCUCACCCUAACGUGAGGACCCUUGACCUUUAACCCAAGGUGGCGGCGCCAGGAGCCUUAGCUCUUGCUGUGGACCUGAGAUGAUCUAAGGCCGGGGACUCCGCCUCAUGUCGAAGCUAAGCCGGGCCACUCGGGCCCUCAGGAAGCCCGAGGCCGGCGGUGUGAUCCGGACCAUCGUGCGGGCAGGCCAGGCCAUGCCCGGGCCCCCACUAGGCCCAGUCCUGGGUCAGCGAGGUGUUUCCAUCAACCAGUUCUGUAAGGAGUUCAACGAGAAGACCAAGGACAUCAAAGAAGGCAUUCCUCUGCCUACCAAGAUUUUUGUGAAGCCUGACAGGACAUUUGAAAUCAAAAUUGGCCAACCCACUGUUUCCUACUUCCUGAAGGCAGCUGCUGGGAUUGAGAAGGGGGCCCGGCACACAGGGAAAGAGGUGGCAGGCCUAGUGACACUGAAGCACGUGUAUGAAAUCGCCCGUGUCAAAGCUCAGGAUGACGCCUUCGCCUUGCAGGAUGUGCCCCUGUCCUCUGUUGUCCGCUCCAUCAUUGGCUCUGCCCGUUCCCUGGGCAUUCGUGUGGUGAAGGACCUCAGUUCAGAAGAGCUGGCAGCUUUCCAGAAGGAGCGAGCCCUGUUCCUGGCUGCUCAGAGAGAGGCAGACUUGGCCGCCCAGGCAGAAGCUGCCAAGAAGUGACCCCUGCCCCCCACCCUCCAGGAUUUUGAAGGGGCCAGUUGGGAAGGCGGGGCCAGCGGGGAGGAAGGGAGGUCACAUCAACCUGAUUAUAUUUUUCUGACUUUAAAUUAUGUAUGCAUGUGUGGUUAUAUCAAAAGGAUCAAAUGUGAAUAAACAUCUUUUGUCACCCAC